UAGAUCGCCGUAAACAGAGAUGGUCUCUAUCCGUGUAAACUUUAUAAACCCGUGUAAAUCGACGUGACUGAGGCCUGGCUUCAUGGCGAAUGUCGGGAAAUCAACCAGCAGGCUCAAUAAACGAGAAACGAGAUCUCCUUCAGAUAAGAAGCUGCUGAGAGGCCGCGAGGAGAUCUCAUCAUCAUCCUCAUGUGUGGGUGAGGAAGAUCACGGCCCCGCUCUGAACAGACACGACAUCCAGAGUCUGGCCAUCACAGCGCAGGACCUGGAGAGGCUGCGAGUCCCUAAACCUCCUUCUGAUUCCCCGAAGCCUGCAUCUAUGACCCGCGUUUACGUCCGUAAGACACGCCCCCCAGAUGAGGUCAGCAGAGCGGUUAGAGUCACUGUAGCGAGGCCCCUCCCACAAGACGUUGCCCCGCCCCAGCCGUUUGAAUAUGCAGGUCCUGGUGGACCACGGUUUGAUGCGCAGGGGAUGGUGCUGCCGCACAGCAUUGUGGGAAGCCUGGAGGAUUUCAGGACAGAGAUGCAGCUGCGAGGAGAGAUGGAGCUGGUUCAGCGCAUUCCUGACCGACAGGAAGUGCCCCUUCUGUGGGUGGAGGACGAGAAUGAUGACAAUAAAGCUGGAGUUUGUUCAGAAAUGGGGCGGAGCCAUCAGAGCCACGCCCUUCAGCACUGGGCCCAUCACAUGACGGAGAGACGCAGACAGCAGGACUUCAUCUCAUGGAUCCUGCAGAAGCCGGCGGGGUCUUUACUGAUGAACCGCUCCAGCACAUUCAGACGGGUUCAGGAGCAGAGGGAUCUGAUCAGCACAGCGCUGCCGGCUCUCGGCGCAGGACAUGGUCAUCGCGUGGGCAGUGAGUUCUGGAGCGUCCCGCAGCAUUACGGGGACGAGAUGAGCGGGAUCUCAGCCACGCUCACCCAGACCGAGAGAGGAAAGCGUCCCGGCGUCACACGCGUGUCUCAGCCGCUCAGCACUCGUCUGGAGUCAGGUAACGUGGCGUGCGAGGCGGCGAGCGGCGGCUGGGAUCAGAGUUUGUAUCUGCAGCAGCGUCUCCACGAGCUCAAGGACGUGCUGAGAGACUCCGGCCCUCCUGAGGCCGAGGCUCUGGAGGUGCUCGGGUCUGGUCUUCCCGUCUCUUCAGGCUCUCCUCUGCCGGACGAGGGAGAAGACGAGGACGGAGAGCGGAAGGAGGACCGGGCUCCUCUGGCGCUGUACGAGGACCUGCUGAGGGACGUGGAGCUGCGGCCCGCUCUCAGGGUUUGUGGAGAUCUGGCGCUCUGGACCGGCAGCACUUCCUCUCACCAGGGGCAGGAGGGCGUCUCUGUCAGGCUGAUGUUUGAGACGGUCACAGGACGGAGUGUGAGCGCUGAUCUGGAGUUAAAGAAUGAAGGAAGUACUGUGAUUUACUACAGCUGGGAGAGACUGACACCAACACACACACACACUCAGCACUUCUACUUCAACAACACCUCAGCGGUGAUUCUGCCCGGCAGCACUAAACACAUCAGCUUCGUCUUCAAGAGCGCGUCUGCGGGCAUCGUGAGCGAGUCCUGGCGUCUGAACACACACCCGGUGCUGAUGGGCGGAGCCUCGCUGCGGGUCACUCUGAGGGGCGUGGCUUUAGAGCGGGACAACGGCGCCCAGCAGAGAGCUGCACUGGAGGUGUGUGCGUGUGUGUGUGUGUGUGUGUCAUUUCAUCCAGUGAAAACACUGAAGGAUGCUGUGUGUGUGUGUGUGUGUGUGUGUGAGCAGAAGGAGCUGGAGCAGAAGGCGUGUGUGUCUCUGUGCAGUCAGAUGGUCAGGGAUCUGCUGAGAGGAGUUCAUACUCCAGAGCGGCCCAGUUCUCCUGCUGACCUCUACAUCACAGACGAGGAGCUGUUCAACACACUCAACCCUCACCUGCAGUACCGGCGCGAGCCUGUGGAGGCGCUGCGGGGCUUAUGGGAGCAGGUCAAGGGGUCACGAGGGACGCCGCCCUGGGAUCUGUCUCUGACCACACUCGGACAGGUGCUGUCGUCCGGGUCUGAGAGAGACAGCGAGAGCAGAGAGACGAGUCUGAACCGCUUUAACACGCUGAUCCUGGAGCUGCAGCGGCCGCAGAUACACAGCACACCUGUGACGGCUCGGGACGUCAGUGUGCAGUUAUGGAGGGAGCUGCUGGACGGUUUGGUGCGUGAGUCUGUGAGACUGAGACACUCGCUGGGCCUUCAGGAGAACAACGGCUGGACCGACACCUCCGAGCAGAAGGAGGACGAGCGGAGAGGAGGAGCGUCGCUGCUGCUGAAGGACGAGAGGAGACGAGCGAGUGUCAGAGAUCUGGAGGAGACCAGAGCAGUGCAGGAAGGCGGGAGCAUGAGGAAACAUGUGCCCGAGGAGAGGAAGACAGACUCCAGCUUUACUACGGAUCACACACACACACUACAGCACACAUACAGAGCGCUGCUGCACACACAGGUGUACGUGCUGAUGGAGCGGAUGGUGUAUUCUCUGUGUGAUUUUGUCGAUGACACUCAACACUCUCCUCAGCGUCUGUCUUCAUUUCUUUAGUAACACAGCGUCUAAAGUGUCGCAUGUCAGUAAACGAGAUGUUGAACCGUCGUCGCGUGAGCUUUAAACCUGUCCUUCUGAGACUGAACUGACUUUAUGAUUUAUGAGAUGAUCCGUGAGCUCCAGGUCCAAAUGUCUGAAGGCUGUUCGGUGAAUGGCUGUGUGUUUCUUCUAAAAUAAAUAUUAAAAUUGCUAACACUGUAGAAAAUUGCAGCAUCAUAUACAGUUGUGUGUAUUCCAUUGCUGACUGCAGUUAUACGCUGAGGAAAAAAAGCUAAAUAAAAGCUAAAAUUGCAACAACUUGCGUUACAUGUAAGAUUUAUGAGCAUUUUAAAAGGUAAAAAAAUGUACUUUUAAUUUCCUGGUAUCUGCUGUUUAUCUGUUUAACAUCCAAGAUGUAAGUGACUUAAAACUCAUGCAGGUUUUUGAGCAGGCUGUUUUGGGUCACCAUUGAAUCUUUGUCUAUGAAAGGACCCGAACAGACUCUUCUGAGCAUCUUACAGACUUUCACCUAACUCGCUCUGUCUCCUGCUUACAGAGUGUGUAUGUAGUGAAUGAGUUUAGCACAGUGCUGUAUCAGAGACAGAAAUACCGUCCAGUGUCCUGUAACUAAACAUCACAUUAUCAUGAUCGGGUUUACUGUCCCUUUAAAAAAGUAACAUCGUUCAGUGAUACAGUACCUUUGCACUCAAGCGGUAUUUAGUCAUGGAUUGAUAUUUUGCAUCGUCAGUGUGCUAGUUUAUGAUUAAUACAAUGUAUGUAGUUAGACUGAUAUGAGCAGAUAAACUAAAAUAUGUCGGCUUUGUUGAGAGACUCCGGCAGCGAUGCUGUUAAACGCUGAGUGCGCAGAGCAUCAGUCUCUCUCUGUCUCUCUCUCUCUCUGUCUCUCUCUCUCUCUGUCUCUGUCUCUCUCUCUCUCUCUCUCUCUCUGUCUCUCUCUCUCUCUCUCUCUGUCUC